UAAUUAAAUAGAGAAGAAAUUAAAGAUUGGUGUGGUGGGAAUCAGAGGAGCAGAUUCGGUUUCAUUAUCUCGCUUCAAUCUUGUAGCAUUGCCCAAGCACAGAGAAUAAAAAUGGCGGCAAUGGGAGUUGCAGCACAAACUCAGUUACAGUUAGAGAAACGCGUGAUAGAGGGUUUCACUUCGAGAUCCAUGGAAUUGAAAUGGGUUAGUCGAAGAAGCAGCAAAAGCGCACAGCUUGAGAAGACGAAGUAUCAGUUGAGACCCCUUUUCCCAAUUUACAUUUCCACUGAUCCACGCCACGUCGAUCCUCUCCGUCUCCGGGACCUCUUCACCGAUUGCAACUACUCUACCCAAAGAUUUCCGACCCAACCCGGACCUGAACCCGUGGACAUCCACAAGCUCCGCAUUGCUCUGUCUCACAGCGCCGUGGUUGUGUCCGUCUUCUGCAACCUCCGCCACGUAAACGGCGUGGUUCCAUAUCACGACAAUUUAUCGUCUUCUUUAAUCGCGGAUUUCUUCACGCCGGCUUCUCCUUCACGUGAUCAAUUGGUCGGGUUUGGCCGAGCCGUUUCUGAUUAUGGCCUCACCGCUUCGAUUUACGAUGUCGUGGUUAUUCCUUCCUUGCAGAGAAUGGGAAUUGGUCGGAUGAUAGUUAAAAAAAUUGCGAGAGUGCUUGCAAAUAGAGACAUAUACGACAUAGCAGCCCUUUGCUCAGAGAAUGAAAGGUUAUUUUUUAAGGCGUGUGGAUUUGGGGACGACAUUUUGAACUCCACUACCAUGAUGUACAGAAGAACUGUUCCAUUAAUAACCCAGGAAGAUUCCUAUUUGCCUGUAUUAUACUUAGCAAGGGGGAGAAAUGUUAGGCACUAGGCAUGAGGGUAUCCCCAAACAGAGUUUUGGUAUAAAAAAGAUUC